GGUCACACUGUCAUGAACACUUACGGCGGCAAGGAAGCUCUGGCCCAGAAGGGCCAUUUCUAUGGCGUCUAUUUGCUGUGCAGUCAAAGCGUGGACGUAAGGCAUCGCGGCAAAUGCUAUGUGGGCUUCACGGUCAACCCCAAGAGACGCAUUAGGCAACAUAAUCGAGGCUCCAGCUUUGGCGGCGCCAAGAAGACCAGCAGGAAGGGACCCUGGCAAAUGGUGAUGAUUGUGCACGGAUUCCCGAACAAAAUCGUCGCACUGCAGUUCGAGUGGGCGUGGCAGCAGCCAACGUUGUCGACGCGUCUUAAGAUCUUUGACGACCUAAAGCGCAAGCUGCCACGCGAGACGCAUUUCGAUUACAAUUUUCGCAUAGUGAAUCGAAUGCUGGGAGUAGGUCCUUGGCAUCGGCUGCCACUCACUGUGCGCUGGCUGGAGACGGACUACCAACGAGAGUUUCAGUUGCCUGUGCCACGACAAUUGCGGAUCGUAAGCGGCAAGGUCGCCAUAACGGCGUCGCAGCGGUCCUUGGCUGCGAAGCGAUCUGCAGCUGCAGCUGGAGCUACAGCUUCUUGGUCAUCUGAGUGUCAUCUGUGCAUGCAGCGAAUAGAGCAGCCGGAGCGCUCCCGCUUCGGUUGCCUGAACGCCAGCUGUUGCUUGAGCUGCCACAUGCUGUGCCUGGCCAGCUACUUGCUUGGGGAGGACCCUGGUCAGUAUAUUCCCAUCGUCGGAAACUGUCCUUUGUGUGAGACACACUUAAUCUGGGCAGAGCUGCUCGAGCGGAAGAGGUUCGAGCAGGGCGUACAGAUUCAGGGGGAGGAUACGAAUAAGGAAGAAGAUGGAGAUGAGUUAAGCGAUUGUCCCGAUAUGGACAGCGAUGUGCAACACAUCUGGGAGCUGAGUGAUUAAAAUUAAAUAAACAUUUGCAUCGUUUCAUAGUUCCUUUAA